UCUCUCCCCCUGGCCGACAGAUGUCGCUGUUGUAACGUCACAGCCACUCCGUUUAUGAGCCAAUCAGAUCAUGACUAAGGACCCGUCGUCAUGAAGCAGCAGCCAAUGAAAGGGCAGGAGAGCGGGUCCAGGGGCGGGGCUGAGGUUGGGGUGGUAAAGCAGAAGGCUGAGAGAGAUGACCCUGCCUUCCCAUCUCCUCCCCCGUCUCCUCCCAGCCCUCUUCCUAUCUUCCUGUUUCCAUCUGAACUGGUGUUCUACUCUGAUCAGAGGAGUUCCCACAGGAGAGUCCUGACUCUCUACAACCCUUACACCACCAUCAGAUUCAAGAGUAAGAACCAUACAGUGGUGCGUCACCAAGAUGUGUCCCCCCGCCACUGGGGAAGGAGAGAUCGGUUCCGCCUGGAGGUGUCGGGGGGAGGGCAGGGGGCGAAACGGGAGGAGAGGCCACUGCCCAGAAUCGACCCACUAGCCCCCCGAGACUCCUCCCUCCCUCUCUCACUCACUCCUCUACCUUACUUCACAUUGCCCCAGAAAGUUCGGAGACUGUCCCAGUUUGCAGUGUCGGUGGUGAUGGGUGUGGUGUGUGUUGCUUUCUUAAUGCUCCCCCUCCACUCUGAGCCCAACAACUUGGUUCCUAGCUAUGCCCAUGUGACUGUCACACAGAAAUUGGUGUGCGCCUACACACUGGGUCUGCUCACCAUGGUGUUUCUACGGUAACCAGAAGAGGAGAUGAUGUUUCCAUGGAGAUUCAGACCAAGAUCCCCCCCCCCUGUUCAUUCCCCAGACCAAUCUGAUGUGUUCUAGGGGCCAACAGUGCUGAUAUGUCCAACAGGGCUGAUAUGGUCUAGGGACCAACAGGGCUGAUAUGUCCAACAGGGCUGAUAUGGUCUAGGGACCAACAGGGCUGAUAUGUUCUAGGGACCAACAGGGCUGAUAUGUUCUAGGGACCAACAGGGCUGAUAUGUUCUAGGGACCAACAGGGCUGAUAUGUCCAACAGGGCUGAUAUGUUCUAGGGACCAACAGGGCUGAUAUGUUCUAGGGGCCAACAGGGCUGAUAUGUUCUAGGGACCAACAGGGCUGAUAUGUUCUAGGGACCAACAGGGCUGAUAUGUUCUAGGGACCAACAGGGCUGAUAUGUUCUAGGGGCCAACAGGGCUGAUAUGUUCUAGGGACCAACAGGGCUGAUAUGUUCUAGGGACCAACAGGGCUGAUAUGUUCUAGGGACCAACAGGGCUGAUAUGUUCUAGGGGCCAACAAGGCUGAUAUGUUCUAGGGGUCAACAGGGCUAAUAUGUUCUAGGGGUCAACAGGGCUGAUAUGUUCUAGGGGUCAACAGGGCUAAUAUGUUCUAGGGGUCAACAGGGCUGAAAUGUGAAACUGCAUGUAAAGCAUACAUUUAAACAAGUGGUAAACAAACAUAUGUGUACACUAACAUACAUGUAAACAAACCAACAUGUACUGUAAACAAACAUACGUGUACACUGACAUACACACAUGUAAACAAACCAACAUGUACUGUAAACAAACAUACAUGUACACUGACAUACAUAUAUGUAAACAAACCAACAUGUACUGUAAACAAACAUAUGUGUACACUAACAUACAUGUAAACAAACCAACAUGUACUGUAAACAAGCAUACAUGUACACUAACAUACAUGUAAACAAACCAACCUGUACUGUAAACAAACAUAAGUGUACACUAACAUACAUGUAAACAAACCAACAUGUACUGUAAACAAACAUACAUGUACACUGACAUACAUACAUGUAAACAAACCAACAUGUACUGUAAACAAACAUACAUGUACACUAACAUACAUGUAAACAAACCAACAUGUACUGUAAACAAACAUACAUGUACACUAACAUACAUGUAAACAAACCAACAUGUACUGUAAACAAACAUACAUGUACACUAACAUACAUGUAAACAAACCAACAUGUACUGUAAACAAACAUACAUGUACACUGACAUACAUACAUGUAAACAAACCAACAUGUACGGUAAACAAACAUACGUGUACACUGACAUACAUACAUGUAAAAAAAAAACAUGUACUGUAAACAAACAUACAUGUACACUGACAUACAUACAUGUAAACAAACCAACAUGUACGGUAAACAAACAUACGUGUACACUGACAUACAUACAUGUAAAAAAAAAACAUGUACUGUAAACAAACAUACAUGUACACUGACAUACAUACA